AUGUCUGCAACCAAGCCCUCAGUGGUUAUCAUUCCUGGGUCUUUCAGUCCAGACUACUUCUACUUCGACAUUGUGAAGAAGCUACAGGAAUAUGGAUAUGAGGCACAGGUGAAGAACUUGCCAUCAGCCAGCCGACUUCCCCCGGAGCAGCCUGCGACCAUGUAUGAAGACGCAGAUUUCUUUCGUGGUUUGGUUGAGCAACUCGCAGACCAGGGAAAAGAUGUCGUUUUGGUGACACAUUCAUAUGGUGGAGUGGUUGGAUCGGAGGCCGCAAAAGGGGUGCUCAAAACGGAUCGAGAAGCUGCAGGAAAACCAGGUGGACUGGUCAAGCUGGUUUAUCUGACAUCUGUGGUCCCGGAGCCGGGGGUGUCUCUCGGUGGUCAAAUGGGCGCUACCCUACCGACUACCAUCGAAAUUGAGGAAACUGGUUUCAUGCGUCAGACCAAGUUCGAAGUAGGCUCGAAAGAGUGCUUCUCGGACCUGCCUCUAGAAGAGGCGAUUGAAUGGGGAAAGAAAAUGUCCAAACAGUCUGCAGUCAGUUUCAGCAACGAGUUGACAUAUCCUGGCUACAAGUAUGUACCAGUUUCGUAUAUAUUCUGCGAGCAAGAUCAGAUCCUGCGACCAGAUUUUCAAACAAGCGUUAUUGCUGGCAUUGAGAAAAUGUCAGGCAAUAAGGUUGAUGUGAGACGCUUGAACACCGGGCACUGCCCAAAUGUCAGCAAUCCUUUGGGGACUGCAAAGGUCAUUGCGGAGGCCAUAGUCGGAGCUUAG